CAGACUUCCAAAAUAAACAAGUUUGAAUACAACUAUUUGGAAUAUAGAAAGGGGAAGAAACAUUCUCAUCAUUGUAGUUUUAAAAAAUGGGUUUCUCUCUAAUCUUGUUUUGUAGCUGUCCACGCAAGCAGCAUAGAUUCUCAUGUGGCAGUGUUAUUGUUUGACCAACCAAUCGCCUUAAUGAAUAUGUCAAGUUGGUAACUUCUUCCUAUUCAAUCCAUGCCAAGUCUUCCAUGAUCUUUUACACCACACAUAUAUGUAACCAAUGCAUAAUAAUCAAGAACCACACCCUUCAAUUUCCUUAAUACAAUUCUCUACACAAAAAACUACAUAAUCUUUUUAUAUAUAGAUCUCUGCAUAAUCUUUUCAAUUUACAACAAGUCAAAAAAGAAAGAAAAAAUGGCUGAAGAGGGAGUUAAGGAACGAACUUUGGAAGAAACACCAACUUGGGCUGUUGCAGUUGUGUGUCUUGUGUUGCUAGCUGUUUCAAUCUUAAUUGAACAUAUUAUUCAUGUUAUUGGAAAGUGGUUGAAGAAGAGAAACAAAAAUGCUCUUUAUGAAGCUUUGGAAAAGAUCAAAGGAGAGCUUAUGCUACUAGGAUUCAUAUCCUUGCUUCUAACUGUCUUCCAAGAUAAUAUUUCUAAAAUAUGCGUAUCACAAAAAAUUGGAUCAACUUGGCAUCCUUGUUCCACUUCAAACACAAAGGCCAAGGCUAAAUCUGAUGAAUCAUUAGACUAUAAAACCAACAAUGAUAGAAAACUCUUGGAGUAUUUUGAUCCUAUUCCUCGGAGAAUUCUUGCUACAAAAGGAUAUGAUAAAUGUUUUGAUAAGGGUCAAGUUGCAUUAGUUUCUGCAUAUGGAAUUCACCAACUCCAUAUAUUCAUUUUUGUGCUGGCACUAUUUCAUAUCCUUCAAUGUAUAAUAACAUUAACUUUGGGAAGAAUCAAGAUGAGGAAGUGGAAGACUUGGGAAGAUGAGACAAGAACAGUUGAAUAUCAAUUUUAUAAUGAUCCUGAGAGGUUUAGGUUUGCAAGGGACACAACAUUUGGAAGAAGGCACUUGAGCAUGUGGGCUCAGUCACCUAUUUUGUUAUGGAUUGUUAGCUUCUUCAGACAAUUCUUUGGAUCUAUCAGUAGAGUUGAUUAUAUGGCUCUUAGGCAUGGAUUUAUCAUGGCUCAUCUUCCUCCAGGACAUGAUGCACAAUUUGAUUUCCAAAAGUAUAUAAGUAGAUCAAUUGAAGAGGAUUUUAAAGUUGUUGUAGGAAUAAGUCCAACUAUCUGGCUCUUCACAGUGCUUUUCCUUCUUACAAAUACUCAUGGGUGGUAUUCUUAUUAUUGGCUUCCAUUUCUUCCACUAAUUGUAAUCUUAUUAGUUGGUGCUAAGUUACAAAUGAUCAUAACAAAAAUGGGAUUAAGGAUUCAAGACAGAGGAGAAGUAAUCAAGGGUGCACCUGUGGUUGAGCCUGGAGAUCACCUUUUCUGGUUCAAUCGUCCUCACCUUCUUCUCUUCACGAUUCAUCUUGUUCUCUUUCAGAAUGCCUUUCAACUUGCAUUUUUUGCUUGGAGUACAUAUGAGUUUUCCAUAACCUCUUGCUUCCACAAAACAACUGCAGAUAGUGUCAUUAGAAUCACUGUAGGGGUUGUAAUACAAACUCUAUGUAGCUAUGUGACUUUGCCUCUUUAUGCUCUAGUCACACAGAUGGGAUCAACCAUGAAACCAACCAUUUUCAACGAAAGAGUGGCAACAGCGCUUAAGAACUGGCACCACACAGCCAAAAAGCAGGUAAAACAGAGCAACCACUCAAACAACACGACACCGUAUUCAAGCAGGCCAUCAACCCCAACACAUGCCAUGUCUCCUGUUCACCUGCUCCAUAGACACACUGCUGGAAACAGCGACAGUCUACAAACUUCUCCGGAAAAGUCUGAUUAUAAAAAUGAACAGUGGGAUAUUGAAGGAGAAGGACCAACUUCCCUAAGAAACGAUCAAACAGGGCAACAUGAGAUUCAAAUAGCGGGUGUCGAGUCAUUUUCGUCAACCGAAUUGCCGGUUAGAAUUAGACAUGAAAGCACCUCUGGUUCAAAAGAUUUUUCUUUCGAGAAGCGCCACUUAGGGAGCAAUUAGAAUUGUAGAUAUUGAUAACCAGUUCAAUGUAUACCAAUUAGGUACAUUCUUGCAGAUAAAGAUAGAGGAACUCCUUCUAAGAAUGGAGUGUAAAUUUGUUGAGGUAGCAGCUUGAUUUGUGGAUAUAAUCAUAGGGUAUGAAAAUGCAAGACUAUAUUUUGUGAAUUUUGUUUCCUGUGCAAAUGAUUAAUGCUUAGUUUGAGGUAUGUAACACACAUUGAGAUUGAUGAAUAUAUAUUUUGUCAUUGUGCUAUAUUUUUUUA